UGUGUGUGUGUGUGUGUGCGCGAGCGAGAGAAUUGAUACGACUCUGUGCAACUGCUCCUCAAACAAACGGUGUCAUUAAACAAAUGCGGGUAUCUAUUUAUCUGAGUUUGUGAUAUUCAAAGCACGGAGUGCUGGCUGACGUGUCAUAAUAAGGUGGAUGAGACGGGAAGAAACCAACAGGAGACUAAAAAACGUGCUCAUCACACUGUACUGGCUGGGCAGGAAGUCCCAGGCUGACCCCUUCUACCCCGGACCCGUACUGAACCUGAAGGCGUUCGAGGGGCUGCUAGGAAUCGCCCUGUCUAAGGUGCUGGAGGACUCGUGUCCCCGCUGGAGUGUGCGUGACAGUGGCUACAGCGAGAGCUGGUACCCAGACAAGGAGGAGCUGCUGGCGCUGCAGCAGGCCAGCUACCGCAGGGAGGACUCCGUGGAGAGCCUCGACUCGGUGGGGUCCCGCACCCUUAGCGUCACCUCGGACAACACGCUCCGAGCCGGGAGUGAAGGCUGUGGUAGUGACGCGGAGGCCGAACAGGGCUUCAGGAUGUCAGACAUGCGAGAGAUGAGAGCACGGGGGUACAUGCCCACGCCCCUCCGCAGGAAACGGUGCGAACCGCACGAGGAGGACAACAGGACCAGCCCCCUCAUCAGAGCGAGCCCGGCGCGGGGGGUCAUAGUGCACCCUGACCCCGAGUCGACCCCUCCGGCGGUGGCGUUCCUUCAGCGCGUGCGAGAGUACGGCAGCGAGAGCGACUCGGACGGCGAGCGGCCCGAGCCUGACCUCGUCAGUGACGACCUGGCCAGCCGCCGCUUCCGGGCCCCUCCGCCCGCCGCCCCCUUCAACUUUGCAGUGCCCAUACGGGUCCGGGGCCCACGCCCGUUACCCAGGGCAACGCCCAGAACCCCGGGGUCGUGGGUGGCCGUGUCCGAUGCCUCGAGACUCUACUCGUCCACGAGCCCUCCAAGGAGUUCAUGGAGUUCUGAAUGCGUCAGCCAUUUUGACAGCAGCGGCACGGUCUCCCCUCGCUCGUCUGAACGCGAGACCGCGACCUCCGUGACCUCCGCGACCUCCGCGACCUCCGACCCCAAGGAGGAGCUCUUCCUGCAGGCGCUGCACCGCCACAUGGCCGACUACGGCUCCUCCUCCUCCUCAGAGGACGAGGAGCGGCGGGCCAGCAGCGACCCCGACCCCGUGACGGACGACCUCUACGCGCGCCGCGUGGGCCACAGCCUGCACCUGACCUCCAGUAACCCCGAGGCCGCCCGCUUCCUGCCCAAGCACUGGACCCCCGAGGAGGACGCCCACGUGCGACGCAUCCAGCUGGGCUCGCAGAGACGGCCCUGGUACAAGAAGCUCCAGGGCUUCAGCCGUAAGAAGUCUGGCUCGGAGGACGAUGAUGACUGUGAUUAUGACCUCACACCUUGGCUUGCUGGACCUGCUCGCCCCUCCUCCGCACCCCCUAAAGCCCCUCCCACCCAGAGUAAGUCCCUGAGUGACAUCCCUCUGGGCUCGUUGCCGUUGGCGACGCCUCACCUCUACCGCUCCUCGUUGACCUUUGACAUCAGCGCGGAGGCGGCGGCCGCUGGACAGAUGAGGCAGGAGCACCUCCGCAGAAUCCAGGGGCGCAUCAAGGAGACCGAGGCCAAGUGGCAGGAGGACCUGACACGCUGGAAGGACCGUCGACGCAGUGCCAACUCUGACCUCCACAAGAAGAGGGAGGAGAGGGAGCCGUCGGGAGCAUAUGGGGGGGAAGCCGAGAGCAGUGAGCAGGAGGCCCAUAGCAACAGUGUCAGUGCCGCCACCUGCCACUCUUCAUACACACACACUCUCGCACACACACCCCACCUGCAGCAGCAGCAGCACGAGGCCGACCCCGACCCCACACCCCGCUCACGUGCUCUGCUGUCCCGCGCUCUUGCCGUGGACCUCCCCAGGACCGAGACCACCUCCAGAGGACGCCUGCCUCCCUCCCAGCCCGCGGCCCAGGGAGAGAGCCUCCCGCUGGGCAGCCUGCCCUCGGACCUGGCCUGUACCCCCACCACCCUCGGCUCCAGCGCUGCCAUGCCGGGGCUCACAGGCAGCAGCGGCGGCGCCCCCAGCAGGAUGCCGACGGGUACCCCACCCUACCAGGUGACGGGGGCGCCCCACAACUCCAACAGCACGCCCCCCCCACCCCUGGGCCCCGUCCCCAACGCCAUGAAGGUCCACUGGAACAGCCCCGUCUCCUCCAGUCUGACGGGGACCCCCGUGGCGCGGGCUGCAGGGCCCCAGUACCCCUCCGGUGCCGACCCAGACCCCCUGGAGGAGCUGCGGGGAGCCGCCCCCUUCUACAGACCCGGGACCCCCGCGGCGAAGCCGUUGGGCGGGGGGGGCGCCAGGAUGUCUGCCACCCUCCCCAGGGGCUUCCGGAGGUCCGAGGCCAGCUCGUGCCUCUCUGCUGGGGUGACUCCCAGGCCCUUUGGGGCCAAGCCCUCCAGAGUGUCCCUGUCUAAACUCUACGCGAAGGACGACUCCCAUAAAAGCCUGAUGAGCGACCCAAAGGAGCGUUCUCUCUUCACCAGUCUGCCUGCCCCCUACGGAAAGGUCGCGACCUUUGCAGAUUUGGAGCAACCUUUGGCUCCGCCCCUGCAGAGUAGUCCCAAGCAGGAGAGAAGGCAGGAGGAGGAGGGGCUCAGAGGGGGGCGGACCUCUGCCCCCGUCAACCUAUCAUCAUCAUCAUCCGCUUCCAAAUCCACCGCAUCACUUCCUGAUUACUCAACUGGACCUCAGACCGCUGAGACGGAGGUGCUUCACAGUGACAUGCGAGUCAGUCUGAACCAGAGACCCAACAGCGCCACAGACUUUGGCUUCCAGACCCACUGGGAUUCCACAGGAGCACGCAUCACCUCCGUCCAGCCAGGCACCCCAGCGGAGUUGAGCCAUCUGCGCGUGGGCGAUGAGAUCCUGUCGGUGACCGGGCACAGCGUGGCACACAUGAGCUACAACCAGUGGAAGGGCAGCAUGGCCGACGCGCUCGCCAAGGGGACCCUCUUCAUGGACCUGCGCCGCCACGGACACACUGACUGGGGCUGGAGCGGCCAUCCUUCCCUGCCGUUUAAAAGCCAUAAGACCCUCAAUCUCACCAGUGCGGAUUCAACACUUGUAGGUCGCCCCGAGCACUACGUCAACGUCAGCAAGGAGCUCGGCGCCUCGGCAACCUCCGCCGGCAAACCCUUAACCAACGGUGUGGCGCUCAACGGUGUGGGGCCCUCACAAAUGAAUGGAGGUUUACAUGACGACGCUGUGGCUUUGAAGAACAAAGGAGGAUCAGAGUCUGCCAUAUCUGACCUGCAGGUGCCGUCCAUCAGCGCGUCGUCCUCCCGCUGGUCGUGGGACCCUGAGGAGGAGAGGAAGAAGCACGAGACGUGGCAGAGAGAGCAAGAGCGCCUCCUGCAGGAGAAGUACCAGCGUGACCAGCAGAGGCUGGAUGAUGAGUGGCGACGAGCCCAACAGGAAGUGGGUGGUGACGGCGGUAACCAUGGUGACGGGCUCAGGGGGGCAGAGGAGCACAGAGCCUUUGAGAUGGCCAAUGGCGGCACUCCUCUGGCCUUCUCCAGCCAAUCUGCUUCCUCUACAUUUGUGUCCUCCAAUCAGUAUGUAGAGGAGGAGGGGCCAGUGAAGACGAGGGAGGAGCCAGUACAGAGUGCAGAGGGGUCUUCGUCAAAGGAAGCCGGGCUAGAUGUGUGUGGAGGCUUCAGGACCAAUCAGUGGCCUGAUGGGGCGUACGUCUUUGCCACGCUGGCAGACGCAGACAGGACCAAGUCCAAGUCCACCCCAACACUGGACUCCAUUCAUCAGCAGGAACAAAGAGGUCCUGUCGGGGAGUGGCCUGAGGAGAAGAAGCUUGGCCAGCAGAUGUCCCAGGGGGAGUUUGAGCGUCAGCAGAUCCUGGACGAGAUGAAGAAGAGGACGCCACUCCACAGGGACAGCAGCUGGAUCCGCCAACGCAGCAGCAGCAGCAGCUUCGCCAAGGAGCCCGUCGCCCUGGGCAACGACCCCGUCAGGAGGGUUGAGUCCCUGGAUGACCUCCACAGCAGCAGUGCCUACACCUGGCCCUCCUCGGCCGGCCCCAACCCCAUGCGCCCGCACUCUGCCCUGGGCAGCUGCGGCGGGUACCGGGGCCCUGGCCGCUACAGCAUGGGACCGCCGGGUGGCGGCGGUGGCGGUGGAUCCUCCACCCUCCCCGCCUCGCUCUCCGCCAGCUGCCUGAGGCAAGGGCCCUGGGCCCGGGCUGCCACCCCCUCCCCCACCCCCCUCAUGGAGGAGGCCUCUAGAUCCCCACCGCGCAUGAGCAGGCCCCUGAGUGGCAGAAGGAUGUGUACCCGCUGUGAGCGGCCCCUGGCGAAGGGCGCUGCCAUGGUGAUUGAGUCCCUGGGCCUCUGCUUCCACCUGGCCUGCUUCAAGUGCGUCAGCUGCAGAAGUGAGCUGCGACGCCCCGGUCCUGGAUCUCAGGUGCGGAUCCGAAACAGACAGCUCUUCUGUGACUCCUGCUACGAACGAGUCCGAACCCGCCCCCUGCCCAAAUGACCAGAAUGCAUUGCAGCAGAUCCAGGAGACGCCCUCAGCUGCUGACCCAUGACGCUCAGCAACCUCAAAUAUAAUAUAUAUAUACACACACACACACACAC